AAAAGUCAGUAACCGCGGCCCAAACCGAACCACCGAUGCUCCGCCGCGGACCGCGCAUCCCCGCCGUCCCCUCGCCGCCGGCGCCCGCGCGCCGGCGAGGCUUCCGCUCGGAAGCCGCCCUCGAGGCUAUCCGCUCGCACUCGCUCCCGUCGAAGGCCGCCGCCGCCGCCCCCUCCUCCGAUGCGGACGACCCGGCGGGGCCCGCCAGCCUCGCACUCUACAACUACCCCACCUUCGCCGGCGCCUACGGCGCGCUCGCGGCCCGCCUCUUCCACCAGCGCGUCCGCCGCCGCCUCCUCGUCCUCCCCUUCUCCUCCGUCGAGCCCUUCAGAGCUGAAGACUUCGAGGACGCGGGGUUACAGACGUGCUAUCUCUUGGAUUUCAUUGGGCCGAAGAAGUUCGCUUUCGAGCUCUCCCAGUUUGUCCCCAGUGUGAUAGCAUUUGAUCACCGGCAAAGUACACUAGCAAGAAUCCCCAAGUUGGGUCAGUGCCCAAGCAAUGUUGAGCUUCAUAUUGACACGUCAAAAAGCAGUGUUCGAUCUGUAUUUGAUUAUUUCUCCAAGAAGCUAGCAGGGACAAAAUCUGACUCUCAAAUGUGUGAAAACUUGUUCAACCAAGAAGAUGAGGAGCGGGUUUCAAAUGUUGUUGAGUACAUAGAGGAUGCAGAUUUGCGACGCUGGCAGCUGCCUAACACCAAGGAAUUUCAGACAGCACUUAGGGAAGAGCGUGCAAAGUUGAACUGUGUAACAAAUCCUCAUGUUUUUGAACAGCUACUACAACUUGAUGUUGGCGAUCUGCUUAAUAGGGAGAAAUCGCUGGCUCUUGAUCGCCUGCAGGCUGCAGGGGAGUUCAUACAGAAGCCUUUCAAGAUUCAACUUGGAAGAGGGCUGUAUGGUGAAUGCCUGGCAAUCAGAGCAGAUGGACACUCAAAAUUGAGUCAUGAAAUCGGUUUGGAGCUGAGUCGGAGGAGUGCUGCUGCUGGAUUAAGGCCUAUUGGAGCAGUGGUCUUCAUGCAACGAGGUAUCCUAAAGGUUUGCUUGAGGACUACUGACAAUACAACUAAUACAGCAGAGAUUGCAAAGGCAUAUGGUGGAGGUGGAAAACCAAGUUCAAGUUCGUUUGCGCUAAGGAUGGAUGAGUUCAACACCUGGACUUUGGUGAAGUCAAGAGUCAUGAACUGAACUGGAAGGCAAAUGGCGUUCAUACUGCAGGAAGCAGCUCAGCUGGGCACAUAUUCCAUCAGUGGCGAAGCAAGAAUGAGGUGAUUUUGGGGUGUUCCGGUAUGAGAGGGAGGAAAGCAAAAGCUAAGAAUGUAGCCUGGCAUGUUCUGAGUUUACAGGAGAACAAUAUGCACGCGAAGGGGGAGAUUGACAAACAGCACCUCCAAAUUGUAAUUCCGCUCGUUAAUAUAUUUAUUGCUCUUGGUCUUGAAAAAACUGCAUCUCCAAACUGUUCUCAUCACCAACAUCUAUGUACAGAACUACAAAAACGAUUGAUUUAGCUU